GUCUAACAGCAUUCCACCCUCCCCAUGGAUAAAAACCUUAGGCCUGAAAGCCAGGCCUCACACUCAGUCUUUCUCCCUGGAACGCACACCUUCUAUCAUCUUGGUCCCAGGGCCCUGAGCCCUUCUUCCUCACUGACCAUGGGAUUCUCCAGUUACUGCUGGAGCUGGUUCAGGUUCUUGGCCUGUUUGAUGCUCCUGCUCCAUUCAGUCACUCCAGAAGCUGGUGAGAUGCCAGCCUGUGGGAAACCCCAGCAGCUAAACCGAAUCGUAGGGGGGGAGAAUGCCAUGGAGGCUGAAUGGCCAUGGAUCGUCAGUAUCCAGAAGAAUGGAACUCACCACUGUGCAGGCUCCCUGAUCACCAACAGAUGGGUAGUCACAGCUGCCCAUUGCUUCAAGGAUUCCGUGGAGCCAUCUCAAUUUUCAGUGCUCCUGGGGGCCUGGCAGCUGGGAAACCCCGGCCCUCGGGCCACACAAGUGGGCGUGGCCUGGGUACUGCCCCACCCUAUCUACACCUGGAAGGACAGCAACCAGGGGGACAUCGCCCUGGUACGCCUUGAUCACUCCAUCAAAUUCUCUGAGCAUAUCCUGCCCAUCUGUUUGCCUGACAGCACGGUGAAGCUCCUUCCUGGUACUUCCUGCUGGAUUGCUGGCUGGGGUAGCACUGGAGAUGGAGUUGCCCUGCCAUAUCCCCAGACCUUACAGAAGUUGAAAGUUCCCAUCAUCUCUUCUGAGACAUGCAGCCACCUCUACUGGCAGGGUGCUGGACAGGGGGCCAUCACCUCAGAUAUGCUGUGUGCUGGCUACCUGGAAGGCAAGAAGGAUGCCUGCCUGGGUGACUCAGGGGGCCCCCUGAUGUGCCAAGUGAAUGAGUCCUGGCUUCUUGCUGGCAUCAUCAGCUGGGGAGAGGGAUGUGCUGAGCGCAACCGGCCUGGGGUCUACAUUAGCCUCACUGCCCACCAGGCGUGGAUCCGAAGGGUAGUGCAAGGGGCACAGUUCCGAGGACAGCCACAUGGAGACACCAAUGACUUCAGGCUUGGGGGUCGGAGGGGUGUGUGAGAUUACAGGCUGCAGUCCUCCUAGGGGUGGAAGGUGGGAUCUGGGAGCCAGCUGCAGGGUCAGCUAGACACCUGGGUCUUUGACUUCAUGUUGCAGUUUUUCCCACUAAACACAUGACCUACCUCUGAAGGGUGGCAGAGCUCAGAGGCCUAGCUUCAUGCCACAGCUCUGCUGCCAAUUAGCUUUCCACUGGGCCUAUACCAUCUCCCUUUGGGGUUAGGCACCCUCUCUCCCCACCUCCCCCAGCACCUUGAGAGAAAACAGGGGACGGGUAGAGGGUGAGGAACCUGAAUUCUUGGGUGUUAUCCCGGCUGGCCGGUGACCCAGAGCUACCUCAGUCUCGCACCCUGGUUGGGUAGAGAGGAGUGAGGGAAGAAGAAUAUAGUCCUCAAGAAAACGUACGUUUGAAUGUAACUGAUUUUUGUAGUUAUUUGUAACCACUUCCAUGUAUCUAUUACUAUUUAUUCCUCUAAUUUCAAUAAAUUUUUUAUUCACCUA